CUUGCCGAGUGCGUCCCUCUAGCGGUAAAAGUGUCAACGUGUUUCUGUCAAAAUUCUUUAUCCUGUGGUACGGCUAUCUUGCGCAAAUUCCCACGUUCUGUACGUUCAGCAGGCUUUGAGUAAACAUCACCUUUCUUUUCCCAUCGUAGUUACCUCUGGAUAAGAAUCUAAACUAUCGAUCGUAGUUAUCUGUGUAGUGCCUCCUUUUCAGCAAACAUAAGCACUGCGUGCAUUCCCAAAAAAGGCGUCCGAAUUAUAUAAGUAGAGUGUCUGUGUGCUUGGAAACCGACGAAGAGCAAAAGUACGAUGCUUCUGAACCGCAAUAAAUUGUUAUGCUGUUGUCGCUGCUGCUGCUGCCACCGCUAUGACCGCUGUUGCUGAUUGUAAAGGAAUUAAUCAUUUAACCUUGCUUCAACUGCAGUAUAUUUGCAUGCCAAUCCUGCUUCCGAUUUGGCCUUGUUCUCCCAUCCAUCCUCGGCUUGUUUAUCGUUACUUGCAUUAUCUCACUUUUACUCUCUCUGCCUCUACCUGACAUAAGUGAACCGUUGGCUGCUGUUGUUUGUUGUGUUUGUUAUUUUGCUCUAGUUGGAGGUUUCCGGCCGGCCAAAAUAUCCAAGUUAGACAGCAUGGAUGCUCCCGCUACCUCGGAUGUUGUGAUCAUCAACGGAAACUCGCAUCCGGAUUUGGCGAACCAGAUUGCCAGCCGACUCGGAGUGAAAAAUGGUGGCUGUUCGGUCUACCAUAAAACAAACCGCGAAACCAUGGUGGAAAUUGGCGAUUCCGUUCGUGGCAAAGAUAUCUAUAUCAUUCAAACCGGAACUAAAGACGUCAACAACAACAUCAUGGAACUGCUAAUCAUGGCGUACGCUUGUAAAACCUCCUCGGCCAAAUCGAUUGUCGGUGUCAUUCCGUACCUACCGUACUCGAAGCAGUGCAAAAUGCGCAAACGGGGCUGCAUCGUUUCGAAGCUGCUAGCCAGAAUGAUGUGCACCUCGGGCCUAACGCACAUCAUUACGAUGGAUCUACACCAGAAGGAGAUACAGGGUUUCUUCGAUUGUCCGGUAGACAACCUGCGAGCAUCUCCGUUUUUGUUGCAGUACAUUCAAGAGAGUAUUCCCGACUAUCGCAACUCGGUGAUCGUCGCUCGUAAUCCAGGCUCCGCUAAAAAGGCUACAUCGUACGCUGAACGUCUGCGGUUGGGAAUCGCCGUCAUCCACGGAGAACAGAAGGAGUCCGAGACGGAUGAAGUUGAUGGACGAAACUCGCCUCCCACACUGCCGAAAUCUCGCACUAUGGACGUCUCCGGUGGUGUACCGGUGCAUCCUGCUAAGGAAAAGCCUCCGAUAAACGUGGUUGGAGACGUGGGUGGUCGAAUUGCGAUCAUGGUGGAUGAUCUAAUCGAUGACGUCCAAUCGUUCGUGGCGGCCGCAGAGGUACUAAAGGAAAGAGGAGCCUACAAGAUCUACGUCAUGGCCACACAUGGUCUGCUCAGCCAAGAUGCUCCCAGAUUGAUCGAAGAUUCUCCUAUCGAUGAGGUCGUCGUCACCAACACCGUUCCACACGAAAUCCAGAAGAUGCAGUGCCACAAAAUCAAAACCGUCGACAUUAGCGUCCUGCUGGCGGAAGCGAUCCGCCGCAUCCACAACAAAGAGUCCAUGUCGUACCUGUUCAAGAAUGUUACGCUCGAGGAUUAAUGCGCCCGGCCGCGGUGGUACUGAGGCAUUUCCGGAGACAGUCGUCGAGUAGAGCUUAAGAUAUCACUUGCUUUGCUAAUCACCAACAGGAUAAAACAUAUUUUACGCAUUCUUUAUAUAUCCAGUAUUUGAAAGGGAUAACUUUUGUAAUCUAUACAAAUGAAAAAACAACGUAGCACUUGUAUUUCACAGUUUUCUAUUCUGCUCUAGAAGCAAAAUGUUCUUUCUUUUUAUUUCACACAGUUUAGGUUGUUUUCGCCUUUCAACAGCAACAAAUUCGUUAUUUCCGAAGUGCAACAUCGGGAAGCUAUGGCUAGAAGGUUUAUACAUCUCCAAAUUUUAUACAUUUUAGGUAUUUAAGGCGUAUGUAAUAAAUAUAUAUGUAUGGAUAAUAUGCACGA